AUGGAAUCAACUGAUAUACCUGCAAACGAUGUUUCUCUUCUACCCCCUGUUCCUGCGACCACGGUCAAAUCAGGAGCUGCAGCUGCCGCUGCCUCUUCAUCCUCAGUGCCUCCUCCGAAACCACCGCGUGCCUCGUCCAAAUCGACAGUUACCAAGGAGGAGAGACCUACAGAGAACUACAACGCUUAUGAAAUCGACGAUCAACUUUGUGCGAAGCCUCUUCGCCAAUCGGUUCCCCAAAUGAGGCACUCUAAAGGGUGGGUGAUCAAGAAGGAUGUCGACGGACAAAACUACUACACCCAUCCACACUCAUCUGAUCAGUGGGUUCCUGUAGAGUCGGAAGGUGGCCAAACUUACUACUACGAAAAGAACUCUCGACAAUCCACUUGGGAUCUCCCCACGGUGGAGCCUCCUCGUGUCUCAGCUGUGGCCCCAACACCAAAGCGUCCCAUAAGCUCGUUCUGCGAACUCCCGUCGGCUCCCAUAUCUUAUUCGAUCUCGGCAAGCAUUAAUACUAUCGACCUAAGUGAAGCUCAGGCCAAGUUUGGUGCUCGAAAAAUUCCUGUUAGUCGAAGUGGCGAUAAUCUUGCGGCUAUUGCCUCUCAAGAAGAGAACUCAAGCCGAUUCUACCGAGUUUCGAAAGAUCACAUUACCGGCCCAAUUGAAAACAAAAUUCAGGCAGCGGAGAGGCGGGGUCAAGUGUGCUACACGAAACUCUCCGUAAAUGGCGUCAGCGUGCCAAAGAAGUGGACCUCUGCAGUUCUCAUCCUCUCCGGGCCAACACUUUACGUCUACAAGGAUUCAAAAGGACAAAAGAGUUCCGGCAUCUCGGGAAAACCCGAAAUUGAAGCACACGUUAAACAUCUUCAAGUCCUGCCCGUUGCUAAAACUCACACUUCUCGUGAACACGUAUUUUUGUUGAGGGACUCUUCAGAUCCCGAUAACGUCGUCGAAUAUCUCGUUGAAACUCCUACUGCUGAGCUGCGAAAAGCCUGGGAGACGGCGUUUCAGUACUCUCAGGAUUUGGACAAAGAAGAUCGAUUUGACCGAAGGGCCUUUUCAACGCGUCCACCGCCCAGCGUUGAUCAAAAAGUGAUUGUAAUGCUCCGUGAAUUCUUCCGAAGGCGACCCACUUUAGAAAGUCUUCGGGCCUCAGGCAUCCUCAAAAAUGAGCCUGUGUUUGGUUCAAAUCUGUGUGAACUGUGUGAAAAGGAACAAACCAAAGUACCAACAUUUGUUACACGUGUAAUUCGUGCCAUUGAAGCCCGAGGUCCCGAAGCAGUUGGAAUUUACCGUAAAAGUGGGAACAGGGGAGUUAUUCAAAAGCUGCGAAACCAAGUUAAUCACAGUGAAUACUCGUUGAAUUCGGAUGAAUGGGACAUCUAUGAACUUUCAGAUAGCCUUAAGUUAUUCUUGCGAGAGCUCAAGGAACCUCUUCUGUCUCAUGCAUUAUAUCAAGACCUUAUGGAUUUCAGUUCAACGAUGAACUCCUACUCAAUUGAUCAGAAUGUGAGUAAAAUGCAACUCAUUCUGAAGAAACUACCUGAAUAUCACUAUGCAACUGCUAAGAUGCUCUUUGAACAUUUGAAUAAAGUCGCUUCUCUGGAAAGCGUCAACCAAAUGAACGCCAAGAGCUUGGCCUUAUUGUUUAGUCCCAAUAUAAUGUGGCCGGAUUCGCCGACAAGAGACUAUGAACGUUUCUCCGCUGCUGGAUGUGUUUGCACGGAAUUCAUGAUUAGUAAUUACGCCGCCGUAUUUGCUCCUGUUACUUCACCGAACUAG